AUGGCUGCACUCCCCAUCGCGACUGCACACGACCUGCCCGUCGACGCUGCCUUCACCAAGGGCCUGCCCAAGAUUGAGCUUCAUGCCCACUUAACCGGCAGCAUCAGUCGCGACUGCCUGCACGCCAUAUGGGAGACAAAGAAAGCACGGCAACCUGACUUCGACCUCGAGGACCCCUUGGUCGCCAUACCCGCGGGCAAGGUCGACUACGAUAUCAAAACGUUCUUCCCGCUGUUUUCGUCAUACAUCUAUCGCCUUUGCAGUGAUUUGCCGAGCAUCCAGUACUCCACCAGGGCUGUGUUGCAAGACUUCCAGGAUGAUGGGGUAGUAUACGUUGAGCUUCGAACGACCCCAAGAGCGAUUCUUGGAGAGGGCGUAACCAAAGAUGAUUAUGUGAAGACCGUUUUGGACAUACUCAAUGCCCAUAACGACGAUGCUAGCAACACUAUGCGAGCUUUCCUCAUACUGUCAAUCGACCGUCGCAACAACAUCGCAGACGCGGAAGAAGUCGUGGAUCUCGCCAUCAAGUAUCAGUCCGCCGGCGUUGUCGGUGUCGACCUCUGCGGCGACCCAGCGAAAGGUGACAUUCGCAUGUUCGGCGACAGCUUCGCCCGGGCAAAGGCUGCAGGACUGAAGAUCACGCUGCACUUCGCCGAGAGCGAAAAUUCUUCCUCGGAUUUGGAGUUGCAAACACUCCUGUCAUGGCAACCUGACAGACUGGGUCACGUCAUACAUGUCAAAGAUGAGUUCAAGAAGACCAUCGAAGAGCACGGAAUCGGCGUUGAGCUGUGCCUCAGCUGUAACAUUCAUGCUAAGAUGAUCACGGGCACUUACUCGGACCACCACUUUGGAGUGUGGCGACACAGCAGUGUUCCCGUCGCUCUGAGCGUACGUUAA